AGCUGUUGAUACGAGCACAUGGGGUACCAGUGGAACUCUGUGUUGGUAUGGACACGGCCAUAAGUACUUUGAAGAGAGGUGGCAAAUUGCCUUUACCUCCUUUCCAACCUCCAAUUCAACCAGAUAUGUUACGAUCAAUAGGGCCAAUCAGGAGACGUCCUUCUGUGCGUACUCCAAUCAAAACAAUCGAAGCAAGUGAAGCAAUCAAUGCGAUCGAACCACCAACUACGGACCGGCCGCGAAUUGGUUUCAAAUUCCGGAUGAUCAAUACCUCAAAAAAUUGUUAACAUUUACAUAUUUUCAUUGAGCAUCGAAACAGUUUUUCUUCCAUUCUACUUCAAGUCUUAUCAUACUAUCAAAAUGUAAUACAAUCGUGAUUGCAGUCGCCAUUUUGUCAACAUUGUUGUUUUUAUAGUCUUCAUAUUUUCAAUUGAGUUAGCACACUGCAAUGGUU